GUCAGUAUUCAGUGAGCAAAAAGUGAACCAGCCAGCAACAGCUACCAGCUUCCAGCUAACAGUUAACAGUUAACAGUUAAAGUGUUACCUAACCAAAUAAAGUUUUACCUAAGCAAAGCAAUAAAAUCUUUCCAAGAUGCGUUUGGGACAGACCGUACCUAACUUCCAGGCCGACACCACCAAGGGUCCCAUCAAGUUCCACGAGUGGCAGGGCGAUUCCUGGGUGGUGCUCUUCUCGCACCCCGCCGACUUCACACCCGUCUGCACAACCGAACUGGGCAGGAUCGCGGUGCACCAGCCGGAGUUCGCCAAGCGGAACACCAAGUGCCUGGCGCACUCCGUGGACGCCCUCAACUCGCACGUGGACUGGGUGAACGACAUCAAGAGCUACUGCCUGGACAUUCCCGGCGACUUCCCCUACCCGAUCAUCGCCGACCCCACUCGGGACCUGGCCGUCAGCCUGGGCAUGCUCGACGAGGAGCAGAAGAAGGACCCCGAGGUGGGCAAGACCAUCCGCGCCCUCUUCAUCAUCAGUCCGGACCACAAGGUGCGCCUCUCCAUGUUCUACCCCAUGUCCACCGGUCGCAACGUAGAUGAGAUCCUGAGGACCAUCGACUCCCUGCAGCUGACUGAUCGCCUCCAGGUUGUGGCCACUCCUGCCAAUUGGACUCCUGGCACCAAGGUCAUGAUCCUGCCUUCGGUCACCGAUGAGGAGGCCCACAGACUGUUCCCCAAGGGAUUCGACAAGGUAUCGAUGCCUUCUGGAGUGAACUACGUGCGCACCACUGAGAACUACUGAACACCUGAAGCUUUUUACAUUUUUUAAUAACAUUUUCUUUAUACGGAUAUGUAUUGUGCCAUAAAUUAGUAAAUAGUGUUAUGCAAUAAAAAUUAUUUUAACCGAAA